GCCUCUCCUCCAAACCCGGCCCCUCGGCCUCUCUCCGGCCUCCGCCGGGUCUCGCGGGCCCGGGCGGGGCUCUCCGGCGCAUCAGCGGAUUCUCCCCGGGGGCGGAGGCGGAAACCGAGCCCGCUGGGAGGAGGCUCGGCGUGCUCGUGACGCUCGCUCUACAUGCUCGUGCGCUUCGCCACCGGCGCGCGCGAGCCCCGGGUCCCCGCGGCGGGCAGCAGCGGCGGCGUCGGUGGAGCGCGGAGGGGGCGGAGGGAGCCCGCGGCGGCGGCGGCGGCGGCGGCGACAGCGACAUGGCGGAGACCGUGGCGGACACCCGGCGGCUGAUCACCAAGCCGCAAAAUCUGAACGACGCCUACGGGCCGCCCAGCAACUUCCUCGAGAUCGAUGUGAGCAACCCGCAGACUGUGGGGGUCGGCCGGGGCCGCUUCACCACCUACGAGAUCAGGGUCAAGACAAAUCUACCUAUUUUCAAGCUGAAGGAAUCUACUGUUAGAAGACGAUACAGUGACUUUGAAUGGCUUCGAAGUGAAUUAGAGAGAGAGAGCAAGGUUGUAGUUCCCCCGCUCCCUGGGAAAGCAUUUUUGCGUCAACUUCCUUUUCGAGGAGAUGAUGGAAUAUUUGAUGACAACUUUAUUGAGGAAAGGAAGCAGGGGUUGGAGCAAUUUAUAAACAAGGUUGCUGGUCAUCCUCUGGCACAGAAUGAACGUUGUCUUCACAUGUUUUUACAGGACGAAAUAAUAGAUAAGAGCUAUACUCCAUCUAAAAUAAGACAUGCCUGAGAUGUGGCAAGAAGGGGCAGAACCAUGACUCUCAAUGAUGCCUACGCCCCAGGGGAGAGGUUCUAACUUGUAGCAUGCUGCACAGAUCCUGGUAUAACCUGCCUUUGGUAGACUAACACUCACACACUUUGUUUCGUUUUGGCAGUUGACAAGAAGUUACUUGCUUUAGUGAAGACCCUUCAUUCCAGUCUUUCUCUAUAAAUAGCUCUUGCUGUUCUAUGUGGUGCUACGCACUCUAGCCUCACAGACCUGUUCCUCCAAUGUAACCUGCAGCGUCCUAACUAAAGUGCUGGCUUGGUUUUAUUUGCACAGUUUUUGUGUUAUGUUUGCUUCUUGCAUCCGAUUAAACAAUAUUUCUCUGCUCCCCUUAAAUGUGUGACGUCACUUGAUGCAGUUCCACGUAGGAGCACUACGCCACCAGCUUCCAGCACUGCACACGCAGGGGACACACGUGUGCAGAAGCAUUGCCUUCAGGCCUGUAACACCCUUCACACGGAAGAUUAACGAGGGGAACCUUUAUAUCUGUAUAAAAACAAAAUCAAAUUUAUAUACUAAAAUCAUUUGUCUAAAAUUUUAAGUUGUUUUCAAAUAAAAAUUAAAAUGCAUUUCUGAUAUGUGC